AUGGUAACAAUCUUGUCUGCAUACUGCAGCACCACUGGUGUCAUAGGAAACAAAGGCUCUCUUCCGUGGCCUUCCCUGAAGAGUGAUUUUCAGUUUAUGAAGUACAUCACAACGCGGAGGCCCUCUGGGAUAGUCAUGGGCUCAAAGACAUUCAAGUCCAUAGGACGGCCUUUGCCCAACAGAACAUCAAUUGUGCUGACAUCAGCGGAUAUUUCUCCUAAAACGGCAAACGAGGACAGUCUAGACAGAAAUAGCCCUUUAUAUCCCGGACCAGUGGAAGGAUCGAAUUACAAAGUGUACUAUAGAAGGAGUCUUAAAGAAGCUAUAGACCUAUGCAGCGCUCUGUCUCUGGAGCCAAUAGUUUUUGGAGGAGAAAGAGUCUACAGAGAAGCAAUGGAAACGUACCCCUGCACGCUCUACAUAACAGAAGUGUACAAAGAGUACGAAGGAGAUGCACGCUUUCCCAUAGAGCUGAUAGACAGAAGGAAAAUGGUAAACAUCACGGAAGAAGUGCUGGGGCUAAUUGGGAGAGAGAUCUGCACAGAAGAGCUGCACAAAAAAAAUCUGCAGUGCGAUGAAAACAGAGGAAAUGCAGCUGGAAGCGAAGAAGAAGAGAAGAAGAGAGGCGCAUGUAUUAAUGGGAGCGCUGUGUGCGAUAAUAACGUAUUUUACUCGUUUUUUAAAUUUACUUCAAGCCCACAUGAAAAAUAA